UUCUCCAUAAGGCGACCCGAUGAUGGCAAGCCUGGGGCACCAUCGCUUCCUAGACGAGGACGCACCUGGCAAAAUGAGAGGGUGCUGGCGGUUGGGCGUGCCCUCGGUAGCUGUACCAGUGCUCGCAAUACGGGCCCCGAGGCAGGCUGGCGGCUGCGAGCGUGGUGUCCGUGCUCCCCGCGCGGAGGCAGCGCGCUGCACAGCGCCAGCAGCUUAACAUGCAGCCGACGAGCGGUGCACCACCAGCCGAAGAGCUCGACACACCGCGCAACCGAACCGAGCGUGUGUGCUGCGGAUGUGCCCGCGUCGGCAACGUCAAGGAAGGGGAACUGCACGAGCACUGGCCGUGCUCCCCAAUGAGAGGGCUCUGGAGCCGCGAAUGCAAACAGAACGAACACCGGCUCAGACGCAACAUCUGCCAGAGACCCGAGACAUCGAGAGAGCGUGAAGGCUACAAUGCUCACAGCGGCGACUGCGGCGGGAGCAUAGCCACCGAGGAUGUCAUACACGAGGAAGAGAAGGAGGACUGACAGAGCAUCGAAUGUUUGAAGAGGGGGUAAGCUAAAACCAAAUUGAAGAGGAGGCCCUAAGUAGGAGCGCGCCAAGGCUCAGAGCAGCGCGAGCGUGGAGGGGGGCACGGAACAGACACAUGGACUACAUUCGAAAAAGCAUCGUGAACAGCAGCAUGUGCCGCCUCAUCGGUUCGAGGCGAUACCCCUGACGGAGGCCAGGGCACUGAAGAUAAUCAAACGUGCCCUGCGAGAAAGCGCACCUAUCGCAGGGCUGCCCAUGCGAUCUGGCCUGCCUGGGGGCAUCGUCAGGCUCUCUUGAAGCUUCUUC